AUGGAGGAUGACCACAUCACCUCACCCCCUCACCUGUACUGUGAAUGUCCUGCUGAGCCCCUGCUGAGGUCACCUGCCUUGCUGCCUCCCCUCCCCCAUGUUGCCUCAGGAGAGCUCAGCCCCUACUGCCGCCCACAGGGGAGGUCUGCCCAGUCUUCCAGAGCCUGGGUGGCCCAAGCCCUGCCACCUUCCCCGUCUCCAGGGUCCCCUCCCUCCCCUACCCUCACCAAUGCUCUCCUGGGCAGCCUCGUGAUCUCCGCCACCUUCGUGACUUUAUGCAAUGCCCAAUGCUAUGUCAUACCUCUUGAGAACAUUACAGGCGAAUCAACCACUGAAUGCAAGGAUGGCAGUGGAGUUACUCACCCGCUAAACUCGAGGUGGAAGACUGAGAAGUGUGAGGAGUGUUCCUGCAGCACAAAUGGAAUUCAGUGCUGCAACACCCUCAACAAGGAGACCUGCAGCUAUACCGUGGUGGAGCUGGAGAACCCAGAAAAGAGCUGUGUUGUCAGUGCUUGGGUAAUGUAAUGUGCUUCUGGCGGGCCCAGACCCUCCCACGUUGGUCCUCAUUCUCUUGUGGCCUCCAAAAGUCUAGGAUUGUGUAGCCCUACCUAUCAAUAAAAGAUUUUUUGAGCAAAUACUUGCCUAUGUGUAUACUUUUAAUUCAUAAAUUAU